CAAAAAAUAUUUUUUUAAAAUGCAACGUGUUCAUGCUUUGAUAAGCGAGGAUGAAUUUCAUAAAACGGAUUAUCUGCCUUCAAGUUGCUCUGAUGUUUUGCUGCCAGCUAUUAAUUCGUCUAUUAGUCGUUCAGCUACACCAGAAGUCAAUUUUGAUCUUAAAAAUAUUCCAAUAGUAACGCCAAGAAAAUUUAUUCGGGCAAAGCGUUCUUCAAGUCGGGCAACUACGCUCACCGAUUCUGUUUCGCGAAUUCCAACAGUUUCAAUUUCUUCGAAUAUUUGCUCUUCGGAAAUGCCUAAACCUGUCUUGCAGAAUAUUGUUUCUACUGUUAAUCUUGAUGUACGCCUUGAUCUUAAUCAAAUUGCAAAAACAGCGCUUAAUUCCGAAUACAAUCCUAAACGAUUUUCUGCUGUAAUUAUGCGUAUUCGAGAUCCUCGUUCAACUGCUCUUAUUUUUAAUAAUGGUUUUUCUUUUUUAAUAAUUAGAGAAAAAAUUUUUUUAGGAAAAAUUGUUUGUACUGGCGCUAAAUCAGAAGAAGCUAGUCGUUUAGCAGCUAGACGUUUUGCUCGAAUUAUUCAACGUCUUGGAUAUAAUGUUCAAUUUAAUGAAUUUAAAGUUCAAAAUUUGGUGGCUUCUUGUGAUUGUAAAUUUCGUCUUCAAUUGGAAGGAAAAAUUGCUUUUGAUCGUAGAGAUCAGCCAGCAUAUUUGACUAGCGGGUGGGGAGCCUUGUUUGUUUUUUCUUCUCUACUUCGGUUGCUCAUCAAUUUUUUUUCUUUAUUCUGAGGAUGUCUUUGGGAAAAAGCCUCAUAAUGGUUUAGUAAAAAAGCAGUUGUGGGUGUCAGUCAAGUGUGUUUAGUUGCUAGUCUUCAACUUCGUCCUGCAUUUUUCUCCAUCAUACACGUCCUUCUACUUGUGUUCUUCGAUCUUCACCAAAUCUCUGAUAAUAUUUCAAUUUCUUCUAUAUUUUUUAAUUCUCCUAAAGGCAUGCCAUCUACCUACAUAAAACUUCUCCGUUGUAAAACAACAUUUCUCCACAA